AUGGCAGCUCUAUAUGACGAAUCCGGUGUGCCUCGAUAUUAUGCAGACGACUCUGAUAAUUCUAGUGACUCUGAAGUGAGCUUUAUCUCAUCAAAGGAACCCACAGCUACUUUGAUGAGAGAAGAAUACGAAGAAGACGUGGAACAGCAAUCUGACACUUUCCCAGCUAAUAAAAAUUUCCUCCCACUAUUAAAUCAGAAUACAUUUGUCAUUAAUAAAGCCAGGGACACAUUACUCAUUGGACUUUCAGAGAAGCAGACAAUUUUUUUAUCUGGGGUUUUCCAACUGCAAAUCGUUAAAGGCGGAAUCGUGUACAACAAUACACAUUAUAAUGCAUCAAAAGAUUAUUUCACCAUGUGGCACCCCAUGUCUAAUUCAAUACCUAUAAUUCAAAGUUCAUUUUAUGCUGGGUGGGAUGAGUCAUCUCAUAUUGAGUUCACGCAUAAGGAUUACCUGACCGAUGAAUUACAAAGAUUUAAUUGCGUGAUUAGAAUAAGAAACGCUUCAACGGAGGGAAUUAUACAGGCUAGCAAACUGUAUAAGGAUGUAAGAUACCUUUGGAAUCCAGCCACUGGGUUUACUCGCAAUUGUCUUUCCAAGGAUUGCCAGUAUGGCAUAUUGAGAGUUGGCAUAGAUUCCUUCACUCCUUUAGAUAUAAGCGAAGAGUGGUCUUCUCAUAUUGAUAGACUUACAUUAACUCAUAAUAACAACAGUCAUGACAUGAGGGUAAUCAUUAUAGGAGGUAAAAAUUCGGGGAAAUCCACUUUUUUGAGAGUUCUGAUGGAAAAUUUUAUAGCCAGUAGAUCUUCGGAACAUAAUAGCGAAGAUAUAAUGUAUUUGGAUCUGGAUCCUGGUCAGCCUGAGUACUCUAGUCCAGACUGUAUUUCUGUUAAUCAAAUUUCAUGUGAUGGGAAGGUGAGAGGUGCUCACUUGGGACAAGCAUUCAAUAAAACACUUAAACAAUACUACAUAGGCUCAAACUCACCUCAGGAUGCACCAACAACAUACUUGGAAGAAAUUAAUAAACUUUUUGAAUAUUUAGAACAAGAAUCAUACCUUGGAACUUCUUUUGUUAAUAUUCCAGGAUGGAUAAAGGGAUUUGGAAUCAACAUUCUGAAUUUCGUUAUUGAAAGAUAUAAACCUACCAAUAUUGUUUUGUUGGAAACAAAUACGUCAAAAAAGCAUUUUGAUGAACUGCUUAUUCCUUCACAUUUUACAGAUUACACAGGCUAUGAUUACAAACCAGAAGUUGUAAAAUUGAGGGCAAAUUUCACAAGAUCAGAUGAUUCCAAAUUCAAUGCAUCACAAUUGAGAAUAUUCAAAACACUAGCAUAUUUCCAUACUUUGGAAAGGAAUACAAUCGAAUUGAAAUAUGACUUCGCACCACUAGUCAAAGAAGCACCUUUUCAAUUGUCAUUUGGCCCUCAUGGCAUAAGGGGUAUUUCAUUUUUUGAGGAGUUUCUGAACUUGCAUCCUGAUGAUCUGAAAAGGGCGUUGGAAGGUACUAUCGUUGCAGUUUAUUCAUGCAAAACAUAUAUUUCUACCGAUAGUGACAAUGCAGGUUUGCUCCCGAUUCUCAAAAAUAUGCCCGAGGACACUUGCUUCAUUGGCCUAGCAAUCGUCCAUUCGAUUGAUAUUGACAACAAGUUUAUGAAUAUAUACAUUCCAGACGUAUUAGGUAAAAAUGUAAUCGAGGAGUCCGGAAUGAAUUUGAUACUUUUUAGAGGGAAAACUGAUACUCCAUUGUGUGAAAUUUUCCCUCCUGAUUCCAUAUUUUCGGAUGCAUCGACACCAUUUAUAUCCAGAGAACGCAGAAAGAAAUACGAACACGUUUGGAAAGUCCGUAAAAAUAUACUGAGACGCGGACAUACCAUGCAAUAG